UCUCUGAAGUUCUUUCACGUGUCUGAUGUCCAUCUUGAUCCAUUCUACAAUAAGGCUGCGGAUGUGAGCACGUAUUGCCAGGGAUCUGGCUCAACAGCAGAUUAUGAGGCACCUUAUGGUAGGGUCGGUUGUGACUCACCGUUAGCUCUGUGGAAAAUUGCUCUAUUAGGAAUGAAGGAGGAAGGACAAAGUGCUGAGUUUAUGAUGCUCUCUGGUAUGAAGCUAACAUGUUUUUGUAAAUUGUCAAUCUGUUGACCAUCAGUCCCUCAAGAAGCACUCUUCUAUUCAAUGGCUCUUCUAUUCUUGCCCACUUUUCAGCUUCUUCAUGUUAAUUAUAUUUAGAUUGCAUGAAGAUUGCUUAUUUUCUUUCCGUAGGAGAUUCGUCUGCCCAUGGUCUAACAGAUGAUCAUGGUUCACCAAAAGUCUUAAAAGCCAUGUCCAUGGUGGCAAGUGAAGCCCACAAAGUGUUUCCAGACAUUCCAAUUUUUCCUGCAAUUGGCAACAAUGACCUCCCUGGACAUUAUAUUCUACCAAACAAUAGUGAUUGGUACAAAACAGUCUUGUCUUACUGGGCCCCACUCAUUUUGUGCUCACAUUGUCCCAGGAGCGUGGAAAAGCCUACAACAAUGGAGGAGUUGGCAAAAACAUUUCUAGAGGGCGGUUACUAUAAAGUCAACAUUGCAGGUGAGAUCCUUGCUGGCAUUUCUGUAAACAAAGCAUAGUAAAAGAGGGAUGGGUAUCUAGAAAAGACUUGAGCAGCCUGGAAAAACAUCAUUGGAAGAAAAUUAAAAGAAACAAAACGGAAUCCAAACCAGAUAUGGUUCCGAAUCCCACGUGAAAAGAAAAAUCUUAGAUAAACUGACAAGAACAAUUGGGUUCAAACGCUUACAUAUCAUGAUGUCACUUGGCAUAUGUACCAUUGAAUUACAGGUGGAAAAAUGAUUUUACUUGUGCUGAAUACCAUGUACUGGAAUAACAACUGGUACACGAAUGAUCUUGUUAAACAAAUUGCUGAAACUCAAAUGCAGCGGUUCAAAGACCAACUUCAACUCGCCAAAGACCAAAAGAAAAGAGUCCUUAUCAUGAGCCACAUCCCACCUGGGUAAUUUUUGUUACCAUAACCUUCUUUAUCAGAGCCACCUUUUAAAUCAAAUUAACAAACUGAAAACGUUUCUUUUGAUUGUCUCAGAGGCGACCCAUAUGAUGGUUCCUACUUCUGGCAUAAACAAUAUUUAAUACCUUAUGCAAGUCUGACAGCCGGACAAUUCCAUGAUGUAGUGGCAGGUAACACUCGUAUUCAGCAAAGUUAUGGGCAUUGAAUGAGGGAAAUUAUGUGCUGCUGUAAGGAAUUCCAUUUGUAAUAGUUUUUUUUUGUUCUCUCUCGUAGAAUUUGCACAUCCUGUGUGGAAGUUUGAUUCCACAUUUAGCAGAAAGUAUCCAUCAAAACACAAGUUAAUCGAUGCAGACAGAAUCGAUGAGCUGAACCAUAAGCUGAUCAGCCAAACUGAAGGCAGAUAUUGGAAUGAAUACAUGCCUUCAACAACCUCCCACUACCAGCUGGGUUCAUACGAUCGGUUUGCCCUCUAUUGUGUCAUGAGAUAUGUCUCUGAAGACGAUUUUCAGAAAUGCCAUGAGAAAUUCAAAGUAUCUGGUGGCUAG